GAUAUUGAGGGAUUAGCAAGGAUGGGCUGACUGUUGGUGCAAAUUACUAUAUUCGCGUUUGAGGCCAUCGUGAUUUAGGGGGGGGGGGCUCUUUUCUUAUUUCGGGCGUUUAUUUGCUCCGGCGAAAUUUGCUCCGAUGGGAAAUCUGCACGUUAAGCAAAACAUAAAACCUAACCUACAAAACCAAAUAAACCCCAAUCCUUAUAUUUACAUUAUUCUGAACCAAAAACUCUAUUACGAUCCUGACUGUAACCCUAUGCCCUCCGAGAUAAUAUCACCGGAGCAAUAUUGUCGCAGGAGCACAUGUCUUGUCACCGUUUACCCUCUUCCCGCUCUGCGUUACCUUUGUCGAGGAUGCCAAUGGCAGUGACCCCCAGGGCACACAAAUAAUAUUUGUGAAUCAUAACUGAUUGUUCACUGACCCGCAACAAUAAAUAAAUGGAAUUGUAGUUCUAGUGAAAUCGUUUCCGCGGCACCACGAGUGCAAAAAACAGUGAAUAGAUAGUCGUACAGUGCCGAUAACAUUGUAUACAGCAGUGUAAUAGUUCUCCUGGCUGCAUGGAAUCUGCAUCGUUCUCUCUAGAGCUUCAGGUUCAAGCACUUUACGAGAUCACGAGACAACCAAAAUCGUUGAAUUCACCGCGAUGAUGAACAUUUUCAGAAUUAUUGCAUCUUUUUUUGUAUGAUAAAAUUGUAUCACAACUUUAAUUUCGCCAAUCACUGUCAGGAUUACAACCAUCAUGGUAUUCUUCUGGUUGGAGAAUAUUUUCACAUGGUGGGCGGUGGUUUUUUGCUUGGGAGUCUGGUGGUAUGCUAAUCGACAUCGGAGAGAGGUGUUUUAUGUCAAAUAUGUCUUUUUCCUCUUAAGCUAUGCCGUUAUAUCUUCCAUCACAAUGCCAGUGAUGCUUCUAAAUCCAGGAAACCCAAAUAAUAUAAGAAUCAGUGGAUUCUUCUCGAGAUGGUUGCAAGCACCAUUUGCAGGGGUUCGAACCACUGUCCUACAUGAAAGGAACUAUCCAAAUGACCAAUCGUUUAUUGUGGUAUGCAAUCAUCAAAGCAUCUUCGAUUCUCUUGCCAUGAUGGAGGCCUUUCCCGACAAUUGCGCUGUGAUUCUCAAGAAGAAUCACGUGCUGCACUGGAGCCCAUUCGGCUUGGCAGCAUUUCUCACUGGCGCCAUUUUUGUCGACAAGGGCAACAAGAACAGAAUGGAGGCCCUACAAAAAGUGGUUGAUACCAUUCACAAGAAGAAGUGUCGUGUUUGGUUCUUCCCUGAAGGCACCAGAAAGAUAUCGGGCAAGGUAUUAACGGAAGAACACAUGCUGCCAUUUAAAAAGGGAGCGUUCAACAUUGCUGUACUUGCACAGAUUCCGGUAGUACCUGUUGUAUUUUCAUCUCAAGAAAAAUUCUUUAGCUACAGAGAUAAAAUAUCCAAACCAGGGCGGAUCACAGUCAGCAUCUUACCUCCGAUCCCAACCAACAAUCUCACUUGUGAAGACGUUCCUCAACUCACUGACAAAGUUAGGGCAACUAUGAUUGAAGAAUUCAAAAGAAUUUCAGAAUAAAAUACCUCUUCCAACAGAAAGUCUCAGGGAAAUAUAUGCCAAUGUAUCCAACUAUCCUCAGGCACUUUCAUGUUAUUUUAUGAUUUAAAAUUGAAAUCAUAUCCAAAAGUAUUUAAAUGUUUGCAUAUUUUUAUUCAUUCUGUUAUAGUAUACAGUUUUGGUAUUGAUCACUGGAAUCAUGGAAGUUCAAAUAAAUGGAGGAUUUACACUUUAAGAAAAGUGCUGGAAACGUUAAUUAGGACACAUACUGUAGUACACAAAUGAUGCUGAGAUAAUAAAAGCAUGAAAAUUUACAGAUAUUUGCAAGCAGUUUAUGUACCAUAAGUGUCAAUUCUGCCAAACUUGGCCCAUUGAGAUAUAUUGUAAUACGCAAAGAGACGUGUAUAACUACUUACAUGUAUUGACAAAAAAAUAGUUGUUUCCACACAAUGAUUAAGCACUUGAAAUAAGUUUAAAAUUGUGUAGAGUUCACACUCUGAUGCUUGUUAUUGUUCAGGCAUGUGAAGUUAUGUAAAUAUUAUUAUCCUACCACAAUCAGGGCUGCUGAACCACGGGGGGGGGGGGGGGCUGGGAGCUUCACUUUUACAACUGUUCCACGGCCCCUUACUAAGAAAACAAAUCCUUGUCCAAUAAUUUUGCUUGUAUUAGUGCAGAUUACAAAACUUAGAUUGAUCAUUACGGGUUAAUUCCUUGUUCUGAUUUAUUUAUUUUCUACAUUACACAACUAAGAGUCUGGGUUACAACUUACAAUGGAAUGAAUGAAUGGAGGUUUCCACUUUGGCGAGUUAACAUCGCGAGUUAUGGCGAGUUAUAGCGAGUUGCCAAAAUGAGGCACUCGCGAUAACUCGCAUAAAGCUCACCAUGAAACUCUGGAUAACUCGCGACAACUCGGCAUGGCUCGGCGGAGCUUGUUCAAGCUCGGGACAACUCUCCUUGAAAUCGUGAGCAGUUUCCAAAUUUUUGAACAUGUUCAAAAAUUUUGCUAACUCGCUGUAACUCGUGCUGAACUCACCUAAACUCGUUAUAUACUCGCAGUACUCGCAAUAACUCGUAAGAAGCUCGAGAUAAACUCACAAUAACUCGGAAUAACUCGCCACAUCUGAGUAUACGCGAGUGCGUUCCGAGUUUUCAAGAGCGAGAUACGAGCAUUGCGAUCGUUUUACGAGUCAACUGGAGGUGCCCACGAGAUUAGCGCGACUUUAGAUCGAGCACCCCGAGUUACAGCGAGUUUCGUAUGAGUUUAUUCCGAGUGCGUGGCAAGUGCUCAGAGGCAUGCCAGCUGAAUGAUAAAUGUCCAGUGAUCUAUAUUUUCCCCACAUAUAAACCCCUCAAAAAAAGUUUGGAAAUCUGAGUUUGGCCAUUAAUUUCUCCCAACUCCAAAAUUUACACAUUGCAUAUUUGACAUCAUUUAAAAGGUCAUUCAAUUCUCUUUACAAUGAUACCAUGCUUGUUAUGAUCAUGCCAUCACGAAAAGAGCAGGAUUCAAAAGUGUUGGAUGAAGUCUGAAUUGAAAAGCUGCAAAACGAGCAAAAAAGUUUGGAAAUCUUAGUUUGGCCAUUAAUUUCUCCCAACUCCAAAAUUUACACAAUGCAUAUUUGAUAUCUUUCAAAAGAUCAUUUGAUUUUCUUUAAAAUGAUUCCAUGCUUGUUAUGAUCAUGCCAUCAAAAAAAGAGCAAAAUUGAAAAGUGUUGGAUGAGGUCUGAAGUAAAAAGCUGCAAAACGAGCAGAAAUAAUCAUGAAGGGUCAAUACAGAACAUGAUUCUUUUGUCUGUGUCAAUAAAGAUGAAAAUCAAUUGAAAUC